UAUGGCCACUGUCAGACAGACAAAGGCACAUCAAUCUCGCCACGAAAUGAAAUUAGCAGACUAGAGGAGGACGGCUGUCAUAGUGAAAACCGUCUGGUGCCUGUUCCCGUGUCGGGGAUAUAGAAGAGGACUUGUCGCGAGGACCAACUAAACACCGGUUUAUUAAAUGCUGUGGUGGACGGGGGCCCUAGAUUCUAAGAUCAAGGAUGUCUCGGUAUACCGACGAGCCUCGUUUCACCAUUGAGCAGAUUGACCUGCUCCAGCGGCUGAGGAGGACUGGGAUGACCAAGCCAGAGCUCCUCCACGCCCUCGACAUCCUGGACAGACUGGAUCACCAGCACGGACACAAGUUCGGACGCCGUCCCCAGCCCGCCUAUCAGGGACCGACGCCCAAUUACAACACUAAUACAACAUCUUCUUCGGCGUCCUCAUCAACAUCCACGACCGCCACACAGACUGGUUACCUGGGGAAUGGGAGUGGAAGUGGCGGGAGUGGCCUGUCGCCGUCACCUAGCAACAACUAUGAUAUGUCACCGCCCCCUCCGGCGGUUGUAUCCGCCCCGGUUGCUAUGGCAGUGGUGGCGCAGAAUGGGCGUGGGGGUGGUGGCGAUGAGCUGGUUGCCAUGACGAACGGGAAGUUGUCUCUACCACGGUUUCCUGACAGUGUAGGCGCGGUGAGUGGCGGCGUGACGGGGAGCGGCUACGGGUUUGAGGCCAGCGAGGAGGAACUAGACGUGGACGACAAAGUGGAGCAACUCCUGAGAAGGGACAGUGCCAUAAUCAAGGAGGAGAUCAAGGCAUUCCUGGGGAACAGGCGCAUCUCUCAGGCUGUGGUGGCUCAGGUCACAGGUAUCAGUCAGAGUCGUAUCUCCCACUGGCUGCUGCAGCAGGGCUCGGACCUUAGCGAACAGAAGAAGAGGGCCUUCUACCGCUGGUACCAGCUGGAGAAGACCACCCCUGGUGCAACUCUGAUGAUGCGACCCGCCCCCAUGGCUCUGGAGGACGUGUUGGAGUUGCGGCAGACUCCGCCCCCUAUAAGCUCCACCCCCGGGAGCUUCCGUCUGCGCAGAGGCAGUCGCUUUACCUGGAGGAAAGAAUGUCUGUCUGUGAUGGAGAGUUACUUCAAUGAGAACCAGUACCCCGAUGAAGCUAGAAGAGAGGAGGUCGCUAACGCCUGCAACGCUGUCAUCCAGAAACCAGGGAAGAAGCUGUCUGAUCUGGAGAAGGUCACGUCUCUGAAGGUCUACAACUGGUUCGCCAACCGCCGCAAAGAGAUCAAGAGACGUGCCAACAUAGAAGCAGCAAUCCUUGAGAGCCAUGGGAUCGAAGUCCAGAGCCCUGGAGGACACUCCAACAGCGAUGAAAUCGACGGGAAUGACUUCUCUGACCAGGGCUGUGAGGUUCCUCUGUUUGAGAAGAGAGCUGUGACCAGACCUUUCAGUCUCAGUCGACGAGACCUGUCCUCUCCCACACAGGUGCCCACCCUGCUGCCAAGCUGGCUGGCGGCUUGGCCCGGCUCGGGCAGGGGGGGCUUGGCCGCCCAGAGGGCCAGCUCUCUGAUUUGCCGCUCCUUGCUCUCGGGAGCGGGUCUCGCUCAGGGGGCAGUGACGGAAGGUUCCAGACUGACAGGUGUGUCCUGGUCUGCCCCCUCCCCCCCCUCCCUCCAGGACGACUCCUCCACCAAUCACAGCAAUGCCCUGGAGCACCAGGACCCCAUCACUCUCGCAGUGGAGAUGGCGGCCGUCAAUCAUAGCAUCCUCGCCCUGGCCACGCAGGCGGGGGGAGGAUUGGCCCUGGGCGGGACAGGCAGUGACAUCAAGACCGAGGUGGUGGAGCCCAACUAGAGGAAGGGGAGGCUGUGGAUGAGCGGGAGGGAUGAGAGGGAGGGAAAGAUGUGUGUAUACAUGACAGUAUGAAAGAGGGAGGGAAAGGAGUGUGUACAUCACAGUAAGAAAGAGGGAGUGUAUACUACCGUUGAAAAGUUUGGGGUCACUUAGAAAUGUC